AUUGUGUUUGUUUUUCUUAGCCUUGUCUCUAGUGUCUUGGAUUUUCAAUUCAACUUACUCCUCAUUUCAGUUGAUCUCAAUUUAGUUUAGUUUUUGUAGUGUGGGUGAUUUAUUUAAAUAUAACUUUUAGAUUCUCAUAACAUUAAGUUAUAUUAAACCGGUUAGGCUACUAGACAAAUACAAUAGGUAUAUUGUUAAUGUGUUUAGGAUGUUUGUUUCCUAAAAAUAUUUUGCAUUAUUCUUUGGUGCUUGGACACAUCUAUAAGAUUAAUUGGGAAGUUGAGCCCGAGCCCGAGCUCGGCAUGGGGGUUCCGUACAUUACUCAGUUUUGUUGCUGCAUGGGCCUAGAGGUCGGCGCUAAGGCCGUGGGAUAUCUUCAUCUGGCAGCGUCAAUAUGCUUCACAAUCCUCUGUUCGAUCUUCACAUCAGACGCGCACGACAAAAAGGACACUGUAGACGACAUGGGUGAUAACUUGUACACCAAGAUCUAUACUAUAGCGCUGGUGGUCACUAUAGUGUCCGUCGUUCAUAUUCUACUUGCGUGUUUGCUGCUACUCGGCGCUUAUAAGCGUAACACCAACCUCCUCCGCGUGUGGGUGUGGGUGAUGUCCGCGCUGUUCGUAUCGGCGAUAGUGUUCGUCGUAGUGGCCGCGGCGCGCGGGUUCAGUGCCAGCGGGUCAGAUAUAUUCAUCGCAUUCGCUGAGGGCGUUUUGUUUUUUGCUGUUGUUGCGUACUGCAUUCUAUGCGUGAACAGCUACUACCUCAAACUGAAGAGCUGCGAGGAUAUGGAGGGACCAGCUAAGAGUAACUACUGAACAGGUUGUUUGAGAAAUCCUACUAAUAUUAAAAAUGCGAAAGUUUGUUACUAUGUCAGGAUGUCAGUAUGUAUGUUUGUUACUCUUUCACACAAAAACUACUGAACUGAUAACGAUGAAAUUUAGUAUGUCGGUAGCUGAAGACCCAGAAGCUAGGCUUUUUAUCCCGGAGUCCCCGCGGAAAUGAUUCCACGCGGACGAAGUCGCGGGCGGCCUCUAGUAUAUGGCUAUGUUUAUUUUUACCUAUGUUAUUACCUAUGUUUAUUUUUAUUAUUAUUCAUCAAGUCUGAUUUCAGUUAUAAGGCCUUAAAUCAUAAAGCUUACUGUUAAUUCUGAUUUGUUUUAAAAACAUAUAAUCACGUCUAUAUCCCUUGCGGGGCAGACAGAGCCAACAAUCAUCAAAAGACUGAAAGGUCACAUUCAGUUAAUGAUACUCAUAGAAUUGAGAUUUAAAUAUUGAAUUUCAAAAUCUCAAGUUUAUUAUCCCUUAGUCGCAUGUUGCGUUGUCUCUCGAGAAUAGUGAUGAUGCAACCCAGACUAUAGCCAGAAAGAACAUUAAACGCGCACGUAACGUGCCUUUAUUUUAUCUCGCACGUUACGAAUCAUGUUUACCAUCUCUAUCUGUUUUGUGCUGUUUUGUAUGUUUUACUCUUAUGGUGCAAUAAAGAGUUUUAUAUCUAUCUAUCUAUCUAUCACUAAGCCAAACAGCUGAGCGUGGCCUAUCAGUCUUUUCGGUGGCUCUGUCUACCCCGCUAGGGACAUAGACGUGAUCAUAUGUAUGUACAUAUGUAUGUAUCUAUCUAUCAUGUUGCAAUGACCCGCGGUCACCGAGCGAUUGAAAACCAGCCGGCUACUGCUACAUUUCGUAUUGCCCGACAGUGCGUUCUUCUAACGUCAAGUUGUUAACGUGUUACGAGCGCGUUUUAUACCUCUUAUAUCUAUAUAUAAUAUUAUGCGACAGCUAUGUAUAUAUCUUUACAUAUAUACAUAAAAUCACCCCUCUUUCUUGGAGGGGUAGGCAGAGACUACCUCUUUCCACUUGCCACGAUCUCUGCAUACUUCCUUCGCUUCAGCCACAUUCAUAACUCUCUUAAUGCAAGCUCGUAUAUAUCUUUUUCGUCGGAUAUGUUCAGAAAAAUUAAAAUAUAUUGAUGUAUGGAUUGUCGAAAAUUUAACGCUAAUUGUGUUUUUAUAUUUUUUAAUGUUUAAGUCGAAUUUGUUUUUUUUAACGGAAAAAUAAAUAUGAAGCAGGUUUUAAGAUGUUGGUUCUGUGAAUUUAUAAAAUAAUUAAGCUUCUGCAUGGAGUUUCGCUCCAGUGGGAAAUUCUCGGAAAAAGUACCCUAUGUUACUCCUGCAGGUAUAUUCUAUCUAUAUAUGUGCCAAAUUUCGUUAAAAUAAAUUGAGUAGUUUUUGAGUUUAUUCAUUACAAACAUACAAAAAUACAAAAUUUUCUCUUUAUUAGUAUGGAUAGAUAAGAAAUAGAAUGGGCGUUAUGUUAAUAAAUAUAAGGAAUUCCUAUUUCUCUUAGCAACGCUUGGAUGUGUGUUCAAAUUGAAAAUGCCUUAUUUUGGAAGCUUCUAUACAACAAUUUUAUAGUAUUUUAUAUAAUAAUUCAAUAUGUUCUUUGUGAUUUAGUUUAAAUAAAUGUUGUAAAAAUAAAUUCAAAUAUGAAUUGAAUUUUUCUGUAACUCGUAUAAUAUUCUAAUUAAAACUAAUAUUUUAUUGUUAAAAAGGGCUGAUAUACUAAGCGCAAACUUAGAAUUUAUAUUUUUUUUUAAUCAUAUAAUUUUUAGGCAGCAUAUAAUAAUAUUAAGUAAAAUGUUUUAAAUGUUGUUAUAUAUUUGUAAUAAAAAAUUGAUUCCCGUUGUAAUUCAGGAACAAAACUAAAAAAUAAACAACAGUAUCUAUUUGUUUAAUUGGAUUUAAGAUACACUUUCGAUAUUAAUUUAUUUACAAUUUGUAAAUUACAAUAGGCGGACUUAAUGUCUACCAUUGAGUUAAGCAAGGAUCUUUGUGUGGGUGAUAAUAAAUAAGUUAUAAAUAAAAAUACUUAAUAUACGAAAUAUAUUUGCAGCUGAUUACUUACAGAGACUAUUUACUCCCUCUCUCAGAGGUUUUAAAUAUGUAUUUUACAAAUUACCCUGUAUGUAAGGUUGUGUUCAAUCUUAUAACAAUAACACUUAAUCUCAAAUUGAUUUCAAAGUUAUGUACUUACAUUAGUUUGAUAACUAACCGAUGCCCUUACGGUGAGGGAAAACAUCGUGAGGAAACCUGCACAUUCAGGCAACUGAAUGCGUAACCAUAUGAUCCAAGACGGGUUAGAUUCCCCUGCAAAGGUUGUGGAGGUCAGGCGGGAGUCGCUUCGUGUAAAAAUCUGACUCACCCAAUCCAGGAUCCAUGGUCAAAUGCUUACCCCGGGCUCCUCUCCAGAGUGGUGAGGAUGCAACCGGGACUGAAGCCAGGAUGAAGACUUAAUCUAAGAUUGAAUUUUAUUAUAAUAUUUUGUGUGUAUUUCAAUACACAGUGAAAAUUUUAACCAUUUUUGUUACUUUAAUAUUUAAGAAGCUGUCACGAUAUCAUAGAUGUCUGUGUCAGUGCAUUUUAUAGCUAUAAGAGUGUUUGUAAAUGUGUGACGUGGUGAUACUGAUAUUAAAUUAUUUACAUUUUUUAUGUACACAAGUAUAAUUUCUUUUUAGAAAACAUUUUAUAGUAAUAUAUACCGCUUUAGGAUUUUUUUAUUCACUAGAUUGUAAUGCUUUUUCUUAGUCAUUACUCACGGAAUUACAGUUAGAGGUGAUUCCAAGAUAUGUAUUCAUAAAUUUAUAUUUUGAAACUUAUGACUUUUGAAGUGAUAUGCCAAAUUUUAUGCCUUUGAUAAGACAUUGUUUUUAGAUGUAUGAAAAAAUAUUAUUAUAUAUUAACCAAUUUAUAAUAAGUAAUUUUAUGAAGUGCCAUGCGAGUGUUCGCUUUUAAUAAACAACAUGUAUGUUGCAAAUA